UGAACAAAACAGAACAUAAAGACUCGGUUUUCAACUGAUUUUCACACAGUUUUCAAGAAACCCCGCAGGCUGCCGAUUCGACCGGCUCUGCCAGUAUUAUCAGUGUCAAUCACCUAAUCCGCGUCGUCAUUUUCCAAUUUUUUCGUUCUCUUUUGUGUGUGAAAUUUUGCUUUGUCAGCGUAAUUUUCGCUGGGAAUAAAGCAGAAAAAUGAAUCUUCUGCUUUUGGCCAUGACCAUGGCGGUGGCUGUCUCCGCCACGGAGGGGCCUUCCAUGCUAUCCGAUGAAUUCAUCGAGCUGGUGCGCAGCAAGGCAUCAACCUGGCAGGUUGGCCGUAAUUUUAAAGAAUCCGUGUCGGAGGAGUACAUCCGAGGCCUGAUGGGCGUUCAUCCCGAUGCCCACAAGUUUGCUUUGCCCGAGAAGCGUAUUGUUCUGGGCGAUCUCUAUGCGGACGAUGGCAUUGAUAUUCCUGAGGAGUUUGAUGCCCGAAAGGCCUGGCCAAAUUGCCCCACUAUUGGGGAGAUUCGUGACCAGGGCUCGUGUGGCUCCUGCUGGGCCUUUGGCGCCGUUGAAGCCAUGUCGGAUCGCGUGUGCAUUCAUUCCGAAGGAAAAGUGAACUUUCACUUGUCGGCCGAUGAUUUGGUGUCCUGCUGCCACAUCUGCGGCUUUGGUUGCAAUGGCGGCUUCCCUGGCGCCGCUUGGAGCUACUGGACGCGCAAGGGUAUCGUCAGUGGCGGACCCUAUGGCUCCACUCAGGGCUGCCGGCCGUACGAGAUAGCACCGUGUGAACAUCACGUGAACGGCACUCGUCCGCCCUGCUCUCAUGGCAGUACGCCAAGCUGCCAGCACAAGUGCCAGGCCAGCUACAGCGUGGAGUAUGCCAAGGACAAGAACUUCGGCUCCAAGUCGUAUUCGGUGCGCAGAAAUGUGGCCGAAAUUCAGCAGGAGAUCAUGACCAAUGGCCCCGUCGAGGGAGCCUUUACCGUCUACGAAGAUCUGAUUCUGUACAAGAGCGGCGUGUAUCAGCAUGAGCAUGGCAAGGAGCUGGGCGGCCAUGCCAUACGCAUCCUUGGCUGGGGCGUUUGGGGUGAGUCCAAGGUGCCAUACUGGCUGAUUGGCAACUCCUGGAACACCGACUGGGGCGACAACGGUUUCUUCCGUAUUCUCCGCGGCCAGGAUCAUUGCGGCAUCGAGAGCUCCAUAUCGGCUGGUCUGCCCAAACUAUAGGCAAAUGCUUAAUCAAUUUCCAGUUUUCCGUUCUAUAUCUGUUUUAUACCCCAAUACCACCAAUAACGAUUCAAUUCAAAGCGAAAAUCCGUGCGUAUCUCCUCGAAAGGCUGCGCAAUGACAAUUGUAGUUCAAUAAUAAUAAUAAACUACAAAAACCUGAUUGAUAAUAAAGUA